AUGUUGGUCAAGCAUAAGCCCUUCAGGAUGUGGAAUGACAUUCAGGGAUAUGCUGGCUUUGUACCAUCUCACAACUACUUCACUGGUUUUUACAACAUGCUCAUUGAGAAGCAUGCUCGGGAAUUAGAUCAGCACAUGGCUAUGCUUCCAGCUCAUAUUCUUUGUAUUGACCACAGUCAUAAGGUACCAAAACAUCUAGGCAAAGUGAAUGGCAUUCCUGUUUUUGGAGCCCUUCAUACUGUUGUCAAUGAAUUCGGAGAAGUUCGCGCUAUGACACUCACACCUACCAAGGCACAUGACCAGUUCAUGCCUGCAUUAUCAGAGAUAGCUAACUCUCUGAAGAAGUAUGGCCAUGGCAAGAUUGAGCUUGUUAACAAUUUCUUCAAUAUCAUCACGGAUGACCUUGCCCAUCUUGCUGAGGAUGCCACUCUAUCAUUUCCCUUUGAUAUGGAGUGGUCCAUUGAUCGAAGCCAGGGAAUUCAGGGACAUGUGGCAUUAAUUCAACUCAUAUAUGCUAGUCACAUCUAUCUUCUACCUGUGAAGGAUACUUGCAGCCAUCUUCCCCAUGCUCUUCUUGCAUUUCUCCGAUCUCCACAUCUUUUCAAAGUUGGGGUCCAUCCUUUUGUUGGUGCUCUUGAACUUGGACGACUGGCGAAGGACCGAAACUUGGUUGACCAGGCCAAUAUUAGCCUUGCAGACCUUACUGCCAAAAUUCUAGAGUGUAACCUUCCCAAGGAUGACACUAUUCGAGUUAGUACAGCAUGGGACAAUCCAGUAUUGACCCCGGAGCAAGAGAUGUAUGCUGCACUUGACGUUUUCGCCAUCCAUUCUAUCUAUGAUACUUUCACGCACCUCUCCAUUGGUGGUCCCAUAACAAAUGCAACAGUUGGGGGAACCAUUGUUAAGCUUCUCUCCCAUGAUCAAUGUUCUACUGUUGCAUAUGGCAUCAUUGCCCCUGAUAGGCCAACCAAGUUUGCUGGUGUCAAUGUCUCGAAGACAAGAACCGUAGUCAAUGUGACUCGGGUUCUUGCUUCAGGGUAUCUCAUGUGGGCCAAGCUCUCUUCAUCACAUCAUGAAGUCCUGUUAUCCUCAUUGGGGACUACAUGUCCAUUUCAGAUUCUAUGCUGCACUCGAGAUCUGCGUAUCUGUACUGGAAAGGACAUCACAGAAGCACAGCUUGCAGAAAACUCUUAUACGUCAACUGGUGAUCCCAUCACCUUGGAAAAUCCUACAGAUCAUAUGCUAACAUAUAGCGAAGGUCUGGCAGACAAUGGAGAAGAUUACGACCCCAAAUUAGAGACCAUAGUUGAUGAAGCUAAAUGGAAUUCACGAGAUGAAGGAAUAUCACUGGAAGAAACUUUUUCGCUCAUUCUUGGUGAUGAGCGAGUUCGCUCUCAAGUUCUGGGAGAUACGUGGCAUCUCAUGGAUAUGUUCAAGAUAUCAGUACAUCAUGGGCUUCGUCGUGCAUUCUGA